UAGAAAUCCCUAAAACUGGGCUACUGUUUUUUUAUGCAUUACUUUGUACAAAAUCCAAAACAAACAAAAAAAGCACCCAAUCCUUACGCUUUCUUCUGCAAAUUUCCUCCUUUUUUUCUCUUUUUUGUUCUGUAGAAUCUUCAGAAUUAACAUUACUACACUGUAGCUUCAGAAAUUUUCUAUUAAGUGUAGAUCGAUCGGAUUGUUUAUUUGUUUUCUCCCAAUAUAUUUGUAGAAAUUACCCAAAAACAAAAUUUAGGUUUUCAGCUACUCGGAAUUGAAAAAACCUUUACUUUGAUUUCAAAAGCGUUCGCUCAAUUUAGGGUUUAGGAUUAAAUGGAUAAGAAGAAGGUGACGAUUCCACAAGUUUGUCAUGGCCAUUCAAGACCUGUGGUGGAUUUGUUCUACAGUCCUAUUACGCCUGAUGGUUUCUUCCUCAUCAGUGCCAGCAAAGAUUCGCAUCCAAUGUUGAGGAAUGGAGAAACUGGAGACUGGAUUGGUACGUUUGAAGGUCAUAAAGGUGCGGUUUGGAGUUCUUGUCUGGACAACAAUGCAUUACGUGCUGCAUCUGCUUCAGCCGAUUUUUCAGCCAAACUUUGGGAUGCCUUAACAGGGGAUGUACUGCAUUCUUUUGAGCACAAGCAUAUUGUUCGAGCAUGCGCUUUUUCAGAGGAUACAAAAUCGUUGCUCACAGGAGGAUUUGAGAAAAUUCUUCGUGUUUUUGACAUGAAUCGGUUGGAUGCACCUCCUACAGAAGUUGAUAAAUCUCCUGGUUCUAUCAGAACUCUCACAUGGCUUCACAGUGAUCAAACAAUACUAAGUUCAUGCACUGACAUUGGUGGUGUAAGGUUAUGGGAUGUGAGGAGUGGGAAAAUUGUCCAGACAUUAGAAACUAAGUCUCCUGUCACCAGUGCUGAAGUGAGCCAAGAUGGACGGUAUAUAACUACUGCUGAUGGGUCAACAGUUAAAUUCUGGGACGCUAAUCAUUUUGGACUAGUGAAGAGUUAUGACAUGCCCUGCAAUAUUGAGUCUGCGUCGCUGGAGCCAAAGUCAGGUGAAAAGUUUGUUGCUGGUGGAGAGGAUAUGUGGGUCCGUGUGUUUGAUUUCUACACUGGCGAGGAGAUUGGAUGCAACAAGGGACAUCACGGUCCAGUACAUUGCGUGAGGUUUACUCCCACUGGUGUGUCGUAUGCUUCGGGAUCUGAAGACGGAACCAUCAGAAUCUGGCAAACAACACCUGCGAACCCCGAAGAGAACGAAACAAGCUCGAGGAGGGUGAAGCAUAGCGUGGAUGAAGUUUCAAAGAAGAUUGAAGGCUUUCACAUCAACAAAGAAGGGAAAACCGCAGAGAAACCAUCUGAUACUUGAAGAGCGUAUAAAAACAAGCCUCUAUAAUAUGUCUUUAGCUCUUGUCUCUUGAUUUGCUGUGUUUUGUUUAUCAGACUUGAAAAAAAUAUACAGAGAAAAAACAAACAAGAAUCUCUUCACUCCAUCUCUCUCGAAUCGAAUCAAGUUUUUCAGGGGUUAUUUUUCAAUGUUAAGCUAAAUAUGGGGACUGAA